AUGCCACUUCGGCAAACCGAGCUCUGCUUUGGAACGAAAUCUGAUCCAAAGCAAGCAAACGGAACGCCUGCGAUGCAUUCGCCAUGGCCAGAACCAUCUCGCCCUUCGACUGCGCCGUCAGAGACACUUCCAGCAGACGACGAUCCAGACACAAUCAUUGUUGACUGUACUGGUCAUCAGCCUCAGCUACCUACACCUGCCGAGAGUACCACGGAUGCCUCCUCCGCCUCUAGUCAUGACAUUUACAUACAGCAGAUAUCGCAAAGUAAACCUCGACGCGUCGACCCUAAAACAGGUGCGAGACAGCAGAGUCGUGACUACAUUGUCGAGACUACGCUGAGUGAGAAGGGACGAAGUGUUAGCGGUGAAACGCUGGUUACGAAUGCUAGCCAAUCAAGUCUUCUUCGGAGUGGUAUAGCUGUCCUUGACCUUCCUUGGAGCGUCACGUCCCUGGUCAAGCACCAAGAUACGAUCGAUGCAGAAUCGUGGAGCCAAAAUGGUGGAUCGUCCGCAUCGAAUGUCGAAGAAGAUCAUUUGAGAGUUGAGAAGGCUGCUGCUAAGAGAGCUAAGAUGGAAGAAAAUGCAAAACAUUGGAACGCUAGAAAGAAGGCUGCAGAGGAGAAGGCUACUCGACGAUCCUCCAGAGGGUCUAUGCUUGAGAGGGCUGGAGAGGCAGUCUCUGGCUUGACCGCCAGCGUACUCGGCAAGCCACCCAAGAAAGCAGUGGGAAUUGCCAGGGACAGACUGGAAGACAUCAAAAGACGAGCCAGUCUGAGGCCGAGGAGCAUGGUUGAACCAUUAAUCUCGACAACGCCAGCGUUAGAAGGACCUCAGGCCAAGAUUAGGCGGCUAAGCGAUGGAGACCUUGACAAAGACUCCCGAACAGCGGAAGCUCUUAUUAAACCAAACAAGCCACCGCCCGUCCGCAGGGAGAAAAGGUGGUUAGCUUCCGGCCUGUAUACGGGCCAGACGAGGGACUUCGAUGACACGCAUUCCGAGUCGAAAAACAAGCGCAAACAUGAUGAUGUGGCUCCUAUCAGGGAGAACCGAACCUUACCAUUGCCCAUUUUUGCUGGCGAGCGCCUCAUGAAACAGGGACGUGACUUCAAGCUUCCCUAUGAUGUCUUUUCGCCUCUCCCUCCUGGUCAGCCUAGACCAGAUGAGUGGCGCAAGACCAACAAGAAUGUCUUUGUGGGAGAUGCUGCCCAGGUCUGGCGUCAUUCCAAGCCACGAGAGCACUCCACAUGUAUGUGCACUCAAGAAACAGGAUGUGAUGAGAACUGCAUGAACCGAUUCAUGUUCUAUGAGUGCGAUGAUCGGAAUUGCAAUCUUGCAGAAUGCUCUAACCGUAGCUUCCAAUCCCUUGCGCAAAGAAGUAAGAAGGGAGGAAAAUACAAUGUCGGAGUUGAGGUCAUACAAACACGAGAUCGUGGGUUCGGCGUACGCAGCAAUAGAACCUUUGAGCCAAACCAAAUAAUUGUCGAGUAUACAGGGGAGAUCAUCACCCAGGACGAGUGUGACAAGCGGAUGAGAACUUUGUAUAAGAACAACGAGUGCUACUACCUAAUGUUAUUUGAUCAGAAUAUGAUAAUAGAUGCUACAAGGGGGUCUAUCGCGCGGUUCGUGAAUCAUUCUUGUGAACCAAAUUGCCGUAUGGAGAAGUGGACGGUGGGUGACAAGCCUCGCAUGGCUCUUUUCGCUGGUGAUAAGGGCAUCAUGACCGGAGAUGAGCUUACCUACGACUACAACUUCGACCCCUUCUCCCAAAAGAACGUACAAGAAUGUCGUUGCGGCUCAAGCAAAUGCCGUGGCGUGCUAGGCCCAAAGGCCAAAGAGGAAAGGAAGCCAAAGCCAGAAAAGGAACUGGGAACAUCUGCUGCCAGCCGGUUGGCUGGAGCAAAGAGGAAGAUUGCAGACAUUCUUGACGAGCGAACGGACUGCUGGAACAAGAGACCCAAGAUUGGGGUACCAGCUUCGGCAGCCGCUGCACUGAAGAGAAUUACUACCACGAAAUCAAAAUCUAGGUCGCCUGCACGGACUCCAGUCUACAGCUCCACUCAACCCAGCCCAUCCAAACCAGUAAGCAGAGCAGCGCUGGUAAAGAAACCAGCUCUACGGGCGGCUAAUCUAUCAAACCGAGGAGUGACUACGAGAAGACCGUCAAUACUAAAGCGAAUCGUGGACGGGGCCACACAGAAGCCUACCACAAGACGUACCGCUUCGCAUUCUUCCUCGUCCGAAGCACUUCUUGAAGGUCAGAUUGAGAAACCAUUAACUCGCGCAGAGAGUGUGAAGGCGAAAGCAGCAAGCAUUCGCAAGAAUGCGGUUAGUAUCGUAAGGGGUGCUGGAGGUGGGACUUAG